GCACAGAGCCGCCUCGUCUGAGGGGACGCGAGGAUCGCCCUCGCUGUCGCUUUCGCCAGUGCGUUGGGCCGGGCCCUGACAAGCUGCCCCAGGGGAGGCUCUUCGGAGCCGGACCUGGACCCCUGCGAUAGCCGUCUGCUCUCCCGCCUCCGGUCUCACGAGGGGUUUCCCGCCUCGCACCCCCCACCUCUGGACGUGCCUUUCCUCCCCUCCCCGCGUGUGGAGGGAGCCAGCGCUUAGGCCGGAGCGAGCCUGGGGGCCACGGGCAGUGAAGGCAUCGCGGGGACCGAUUCGCCAUGGAGGGCGCCGGCGGCGCGAACGACAAGAAAAAGAUAAGUUCUGAACGUCGAAAAGAGAAGUCUAGAGAUGCAGCCAGAUCUCGACGAAGUAAAGAGUCUGAAGUUUUUUAUGAGCUUGCUCAUCAGUUGCCACUUCCCCAUAAUGUGAGCUCACAUCUUGAUAAGGCUUCUGUUAUGAGGCUUACCAUCAGCUAUUUGCGUGUGAGGAAACUUCUGGAUGCUGGUGAUUUGGAUAUUGAAGAUGAAAUGAAGGCACAGAUGAAUUGCUUUUAUUUGAAAGCCUUGGAUGGUUUUGUUAUGGUUCUCACAGAUGAUGGUGACAUGAUUUACAUUUCUGAUAAUGUGAACAAAUACAUGGGAUUAACUCAGUUUGAACUAACCGGACACAGUGUAUUUGAUUUUACUCAUCCAUGUGACCAUGAGGAAAUGAGAGAAAUGCUUACACACAGAAAUGGCCUUGUGAAAAAGGGUAAAGAGCAAAAUACACAGCGGAGCUUUUUUCUCAGAAUGAAGUGUACCCUAACUAGCCGGGGGAGAACUAUGAACAUAAAGUCUGCAACAUGGAAAGUACUUCACUGCACAGGCCAUAUUCAUGUAUAUGAUACCAACAGUAACCAAUCUCAAUGUGGUUAUAAGAAACCACCUAUGACGUGCCUGGUGCUGAUUUGUGAACCCAUUCCUCAUCCAUCAAAUAUUGAAAUUCCUUUAGACAGCAAGACUUUUCUCAGUCGUCACAGUCUGGAUAUGAAGUUUUCUUAUUGUGAUGAAAGAAUUACAGAAUUGAUGGGAUAUGAGCCAGAAGAACUUUUGGGCCGCUCAAUUUAUGAAUAUUAUCAUGCUUUGGACUCUGAUCAUCUGACCAAAACUCAUCAUGAUAUGUUUACUAAAGGACAAGUCACCACAGGACAGUACAGGAUGCUUGCCAAAAGAGGUGGCUAUGUCUGGGUUGAAACUCAAGCAACUGUCAUAUAUAACACUAAGAACUCUCAACCACAGUGCAUUGUAUGUGUAAAUUAUGUUGUGAGUGGUAUUAUUCAGCACGACUUGAUUUUCUCCCUUCAACAAACAGAAUGUGUCCUCAAACCAGUUGAAUCUUCAGACAUGAAAAUGACUCAGCUAUUCACCAAAGUUGAAUCAGAAGAUACAAGUAGUCUCUUUGAUAAACUUAAGAAGGAACCUGAUGCUUUAACUUUGCUGGCCCCAGCUGCUGGAGACACAAUCAUAUCUUUAGAUUUUGGCAGCAAUGACACAGAAACUGAUGACCAACAACUUGAGGAAGUUCCAUUGUAUAAUGAUGUAAUGCUCCCCUCAUCCAAUGAGAAAUUACAGAAUAUAAAUUUGGCAAUGUCUCCAUUACCUGCCUCUGAAACUCCAAAGCCACUUAGAAGUAGUGCUGACCCUGCACUCAAUCAGGAAGUUGCAUUAAAGUUAGAACCAAAUCCAGAGUCACUGGAACUUUCUUUCACCAUGCCCCAGAUUCAAGAUCAGCCAGCUAGUCCUUCUGAUGGAAGCACCAGACAAAGUUCACCUGAGCCUAACAGCCCCAGUGAAUAUUGUUUUGAUGUGGAUAGUGAUAUGGUCAAUGAAUUCAAGUUGGAAUUGGUAGAGAAACUUUUUGCUGAAGACACAGAAGCAAAGAAUCCAUUUUCCACUCAGGACACUGAUUUAGACUUGGAGAUGUUAGCUCCUUAUAUCCCAAUGGAUGAUGACUUCCAGUUACGUUCCUUCGACCAGUUGUCACCAUUGGAAAGCAGUUCUACUACUCAAAGUGCGAGCACAAUUACAGUAUUCCAGCCGACUCAAAUGCAGGAACCUCCUAUAACCACCAACGCUACCACAGCCACCACUGAUGAAUUAAAAACAGUGACAAAAGAUGGUAUGGAAGACAUUAAAAUAUUGAUUGCAUUUCCAUCUCCUCCCCACGUACCUAAAGAAACUACUUGUGCCACAACAUCACCAUAUAGUGACACUGGAAGUCGGACAGCCUCACCAAACAGAGCAGGAAAAGGAGUCAUAGAACAGACAGAAAAAUCUCAUCCAAGAAGCCCUAAUGUGUUAUCUGUCGCUUUGAGUCAAAGAACUACAGUUCCUGAGGAAGAACUAAGUCCAAAGAUACUAGCUUUGCAGAAUGCUCAGAGAAAGCGAAAAAUAGAACAUGAUGGUUCACUUUUUCAAGCAGUAGGAAUUGGAACAUUAUUACAGCAACCAGAUGAUCGUGCAACUACUACAUCACUUUCUUGGAAACGCGUAAAAGGAUGCAAAUCUAGUGAACAGAAUGGAAUGGAGCAAAAGACAAUUAUUUUAAUACCCUCUGAUUUAGCAUGUAGACUGCUGGGGCAAUCAAUGGAUGAGAGUGGAUUACCACAGCUGACCAGUUAUGAUUGUGAAGUUAAUGCUCCUAUACAAGGCAGCAGAAACCUACUGCAGGGUGAAGAAUUACUCAGAGCUUUGGAUCAAGUUAACUGAGCUUUUUCAUAAUCUCAUUCCUUUUUUUGGACACUGGUGGCUCAUUACCUAAAGCAGUCUAUUUAUAUUUUCUAUAUCUAAUUUUAGAAGCCUGGCUACAAAUACUGCACAAACUUGGUUAGUUCAAUUUUGAUCCCCUUUCUACUUAAUUUACAUUAAUGCUCUUUUUUAGUAUGUUCCUUAAUGCCAGAUCACACACAGCACAUUUUCACAGUUCUUUGGUAUUUAAACCAUUGCAUUGCAGUAGCAUCAUUUUUAAAAUGCACCUUUUUAUUUAUUUAUUUUGGGCUAGGGAGUUUAUCCCUUAUCGAAUUAUUUUUAAUAAGAUGCCAAUGUAAUUUUUUUUUAAGAAGGCAAGUAACCUUUCAUCAUGAUGAGUUUGAAAAAUUUUUACU